CACGUGUUUAUUCGCGUAAGCACGUGUGUAAUUAUUUAAGGUUUUUUUGUUUUGGUAUUCUUUCUAAUCUUGUAAAUAGGUAAAUCAGAAGUAAUUCAUAAUAUUGUGAGAACGGCUCGACGUCGUAUUUGGUAAGAGGCGAAAACCUCUUGACACGCGUUUUUGUUUACUAAGAAACUACGCGUAAAAUAGAAAACCACCAUGGGUAAGAAGAGAAAACUUAAUGAUAAAGACAAUGAGUUCGAGUAUGACCCAGUUCCACGACAUUUAGUCACAUCUCAUAUCAAGAAACAGGAAAAACGUUUAAUAGUGAUAUUAGAAGGCGCUCAGUUGGAAACAGUGAAGGCUGGGAAUAGUUUUGAGCUGUUAAACUGCGAUGACCAUGCAAACAUUCUUCGUAAGAAUGACCGCGACCCAGGCUCAUGUCGGCCUGACAUCACGCACCAGUCCCUCCUGAUGUUGAUGGACUCGCCUCUAAACCGGGCUGGUCUACUUCAAGUCUAUAUUCAUACUGAAAAGAAUGUGCUCAUAGAAAUUAAUCCACAAACUCGGAUACCGAGAACAUUCAAGAGAUUUGCUGGAUUAAUGGUGCAACUUCUCCAUAAAUUCGCUAUCAGAGCAUCAGAUGGUCCCAUGAAGCUCUUGAAGGUCAUUAAAAAUCCGGUGACUGCUCACCUUCCCGUGGGAGUCAAGAAAAUCACCAUGUCCUUUAGUUCUAAGACAGUGCAAAGCUGCAGGGAACUCGUUCCUAAUGAUGACCCUAUUGUCCUCAUCGUGGGCGCCAUGGCACAUGGGAAAGUGGAAGUGGACUAUGCCGAGGAUGUUAUAUCUGUUAGCAACUACCCUCUCUCGGCGGCACUAACGUGUGCCAAGUUGUGUUCCGCCUUUGAAGAAGUUUGGGGCGUAGUCUAAGCAAGUAAAUGUGUACACAAGUAAA